AUGGAAGGGAUGGGGUCGAUAUUCAAUGCAUCCGCAAUGCAAAUCGUCCAAAUCCAUCACUACGCGGAAAACCUUCACUCAUCGGAAGUGGACAAACUCUAUCAGGAUGAUGCUGUUUGGAUUAUUUCAAGCAGUUUUAUCAUUUUCACAAUGCACUCUGGGUUCGGUCUUCUGGAAUCUGGAAGUGUGUCAGCAAAAGACGAGGUGAAUAUAAUGGUCAAAAACGUGGUAGAUGUCGUAUUCGGUGGGCUUUCCUACUGGUCGUGUGGCUUCGGAUUCUCCUACGGAGACUAUGAACCAUGGAGAAAUCCUUAUAUUGGCUUUGGAAAAUUUUUCUACGAUCCAACCAGAGAUUACGAUAGUCGCGAAAGUAUCAAUCAGGAAGGAUGGUCCUAUGCCAGUUUUUUGUUUCAAUUAUCUUUAGCCACAACUGCUUCAACUAUCGUUUCAGGUGCAGUCGCCGAACGAGCCAAACUAAAAUCCUAUAUUCUACUGGGUUGUAUUGUAAUUCUAAUUCAAGCCCUACCAGCCCACUGGGUUUGGGAUAAAGAGGGUGUAUUCUAUAAAAAAGGAGUCGUCGAUUUUGCCGGUUGCUCAGCAGUUCAUAUGGUUGGUGGUAUUAUCGGUUUGAUUGCUACAGUAUAUCUAAAACCGAGACGGAAUCGAUUCAAUGAAGACAGUGUUCAUCAGAUGAGUAGUCCGACGAAUGCACUACUCGGAACAUUUUUAUUGUGGUGGGGAUGGUUUGGUAUAAAUGCUGGAUCGGUUUGGGGAAUCACUGGUGGAAGAUGGAGAUUGGGAGCGAGAGCUGCAGUGGCAACAAUAAUGGCAUCGAUUGGUGGUGGAGCCACUGCGAUUACAAUCAGUUUUGUGAAAACUAAAAAGUUGCAAGUCAAUUUUCUUAUCAAUGGAAUAUUGUCCUCGAUUGUUUCCAUAACAGCCAUUUGCGCAGUAUCCCGUCCAUGGCAUGCACUUGUCAUUGGCUCCAUAUCAUCCGUCUUCUCUAUAGCAAUUCUUCCGGUCCUGGAUCGUCUUCACAUCGAUGAUCCAGUUGGAAUUGUCCCCAUUCAUUUGACCUCUUCAAUAUGGGGAAUGAUAGCAGUUGGCAUAUUUUGUGAGCAGGAUAAAUAUUUGACAAGUGCCACAAACAACAUGUCGGGACUACUGUACUCUUGGAGUUUCGAUCUACUUCUUGUCCAGCUCUUAUGUACAUUUACCAUCCUACUCUACUCGGCUGCCACAGGGUUUCUGGCUCUUUUUUUGAUCAGUAAGAGUCCACUUGGCCUUCGUGUCACCGAUUACGAAGAACAAAUCGGAGCAGAUGUCAUUGAACACGGACUGGCGGGUACGAAUGUGGUAGGACUUUUUGAGAAAACUCGAAAAAAUGGGAUUGGAUUCCAGAACAUUUCAAACUGUCACAAAAGCAAUAACCAAGUGGAAAAUGCUGGCGAAGAAGAAAAGUCGGCAAAAGCGAAUGGAAGCGGCAAAAUUGAAACGAGAAGCGGAGCAAGAAACGUUUGCUCAACAGCUCUUGCCAACGGCAACGGCGCGACCCCAAACGGCAACGGAAACGUUCUGCAUCAUCGAAACAACGCGACGAACAACACGAACACAACGAAUAGCAACGGUGCGGGUCCACCCAAGAGGAACAGUGUCCACGCAUUCAACAAUCAAGUGGCACCGUUGGCUGUUAGUAGUACAGUGACAACUGCUCGAAACGCUCCAAGCACUGGUCGACGUGCAGAGUCUACUGCUAUUGAAAUGGAAGGAGGUCCUUUGCCAACAGCACCAGUUCUACAGGAAGCAGCUCCAGUUGAAAACGUUCCCACAAGCAGUGCAGCUGUUCAGAGACAACCAUCAUGGGAGAGUAAACCGAGUUCAGCAGCUUCGAGAAAGUCGAUCUCCAUAACUUCUGCUACUUCCGUCUCAACAGGAACCGCCACAGCUCUGAGCGUCGGUCAAUCCGAGUCUCGACCAUCUACAGUAUCCGCCACAUCGCUUGCCUCCCGCAAAUCCAAAAACUCGACUCUUGGCAAAUUUGUGAAGGCUCCAGCUCCACGAGCCUUAUCUCCGCCGAUGGAUAACCCACUAAAUCCACCAACCACCGAUGUUUAA